AAAGAAACGCGCCACAUUUUUAGGCAAGAAGACCAAUUCUUUAUCCGUCUGUAUCUUUUUGCAACAAAAGCAACAAUGUCAUGUACAUCUAUGCGUAUGAUAUACUGGGCCAUGCACUGUAUGUCUCCAGAGUAAAAAUACGCAUAUAUAGCAACGAUACUAUACUGCCCACCUCCCUCCCAGUUGCCAAUCAGGAGCAAAUAGAGAGGAGACACCAAGACAGAGCGGCACUGGAGGAGAAAGAGAGCGAGGCAGCGGGCCAGCGGUAGAGGAGGGAGGGGAAAGAGAGAAACCUCCGAUAUUUCGCCUGCCUAGCUGCGGAGAUUCUUGAUUGCCGAUACAGAAUCUAAGGUGUUUCCGGGUUCUGGGGAAGGAUUCGAGCUGUCAUGUCAGAGGUGAUUAAAGAUUGUCCAUUCGAACGCGACGUCUGAGCUGAGCUAUCCAAGAACCCGAAUUCGGCGAAGAAAAAUGUCAGUCCGUGCAGUGAGCCAUGCGGAGGACAUCGAGAUAUCGUUGUGCGAUGGCAACUCGGAGGACGAGCGGCGGCGGCGCAAGAUCGGGUCGCUGCGGCGGAAGGCCAUCCACGCGCUCAAGAAGCGCGGCCGUCGGCGCGUUGACUUCCGCUUCCCGCCGGCGGCCAUCUCCAUCGAGGACAUCCGCGACGCCGAGGAGGAGCGCGCCGUCGCCGCCUUCCGCGGCCGCCUCGCCGCGCACGGGCUCCUCCCAGACAAGCACGACGACUACCACAUGAUGCUAAGGUUCUUGAAGGCCAGGAAGUUCGACGUCGAGAAGGCAGUGCAGAUGUGGGCGGAGAUGCUGAAAUGGAGGAAAGAGUUCGGAGCGGAUACGAUCCUUGAGGGUUUUGAGUUCGAGGAACUGGAUGAGGUGCUGCGCUACUACCCUCAGGGCUACCACGGCGUCGACCGCGACGGCAGGCCAGUGUACAUCGAGAGGCUUGGGAAGGUUGAUCCGCACAAGCUCAUGCAGAUCACCUCGGUGGAUCGGUACAUCAAGUAUCAUGUCCAGGAGUUCGAGAGGGCCUUCAGGGAGAAGUUCCCUGCCUGCACAUUGGCUGCCAAGAGGCACAUUGACUCCACGACCACCAUCUUGGACGUCCAGGGUGUGGGGUUUAAGAAUUUCUCCAAGACUGCUAGGGAGCUUGUACACCGUAUGCAGAAGAUUGACAGUGACUAUUAUCCUGAGACACUGCACCAAAUGUUUGUCGUGAAUGCGGGCAGUGGAUUCAAGUUGAUCUGGAACAGUGUGAAGGGCUUCCUUGACCCAAAAACUUCAUCCAAGAUUCAUGUUCUUGGUUCUAACUACCAGAGUAGACUACUUGACGUAAUAGAUUCAAGUGAGCUGCCUGAGUUCCUUGGUGGUUCAUGCACUUGUAGUGACAAGGGUGGUUGUCUUGGCUCGAACAAAGGGCCGUGGAAUGAUCCUUUUAUCCUGAAGCUGAUACACAAUUUGGAAGCUGGUUGUGUGAGGGAUAUCAAGGCAGUUUCUGAGGGGGAAGAAAGAAGCAGCUCUUCUCUUCGGUUAGAACUGUUGAAGUGGCAGGGCAUGUUUAGUGAUACAUCAAAUGCUGAAUCAGGAUCUGAUGUUGAUGAUUUUUGUCCGUCAUUUGUUCAGAAAGUUGCUGACUAUGGUUGCCUGACUCCAGUCCGUGAGGAAGUAAAGGGCACAGAUUCUGCAACAUACUUCAGCUGCGAAGAUCAGAGUCACCCAAAUAUGGCUACUGAAUCUUGCCGUGGAGUGCGACAAACCACUGAAAUGGUGCAGAAACCAAUCGUUGAUCUCAGACAAUCUUCUAACAAUGAAAGGCCUCAUGCCUUAGGGAACAAUGCUCUUAAUUUGGAUGGUACAAUUGCUCAAAGGGGUUGGGAAAGUCUGGUUAAACUUGUAGUCACAGCCUUGAUCAAGUUAUUUUCUUUCAUCUGGCUUUUCAUCUCUAGAGCUGAGAGGCUGCUUGAAAACGUCCAUCAUUCUACUCCACCAGCACCAGCACCAGCACCAGAGAAGCGACGACCUCCAACUGUUAGUGAUGAAGAAAUGUGUGCUUGUUUACAGCGUCUUGACAAUCUUGAGUCGUUGUGCAAUCAUCUUGCCACCAAACCACCACAGAUUCCAGAGGAUAAAGAACUCAUACUUCUGAACUCAUUUGAGCGGAUCAAAUCCGUUGAGGCUGACCUUGAGAAGACCAAAAGGGUAUUGCAUGCAACAGUGGCAAAGCAGAAGGCAUUGGUGGAGACUCUGGAAUCCGUACAGGAGUCAUCUAGAGUUAGGAAGAGGAUGUUUUGUUCAUAGGAUAUGGAGUAACACCAAAUCCGAACCAUGUCGGACGUUAACCCUGAAGCUGACGCGUGAAGCUGCCAGUGCCAUUUUUGAUCUCCCCGACUUCAGCCUCUCCCAAGAAAGAAGAAAACAUUGACCUUAAAAAUGAAAGAGAAGAUAGCAUUUGUUGCUAGUUGCUUCCUUUCAUCGUCUCAACUUAUCCCUUUUUGUAGCUGCUAUUUGUCCUCCCGCGCCCCUUUUGGUUCCCGGUGAAUGUUGUGCCGUGCCUAGUGCUAUGUUUUUUAGGCAAAAUUAUCUCGCGGCCUUGCAUUCAGGGCAGAGAAGAUGUGAGUUGUUGAACUGCUUAAGUUGUACUGACCUUGUGGCUGGAGCUGGAAGCACACAUUGGCAAGCUUUGAUGUUAAUGUUCGUGUACAUGCAACCUCUGAUUAUAGAUUGUGACUUUUCAUUCUUAAUCC